UUCAGAUUCAUCUUUCUGUUCACGCGUCCAAACCAUCAAUCCUCAAGUUCCCAACUCGCCGCCCUCACCGAGAUCCUCCACUUUCAUUUCGCGCAGACUCCAAUCCGCUUCGGCAACUCGUUCACCAUGCCGGUCGCAAAAGGAGGCGUGUGGACGAACUUGGAGGACGAAAUCCUCAAAGCCUCCGUUUCCAAGUACGGACUCAAUCAAUGGGCCCGAGUCUCCUCCCUUCUCGCCCGGAAAUCCCCCAAGCAAUGCAAGGCUCGCUGGCAGGAAUGGCUCGAUCCAUCCAUCCGCAAGAUCGAAUGGUCCAAGGAGGAGGAUGAGAAGCUGCUCCACCUCGCAAAGCUGAUGCCCACGCAAUGGCGAACCAUCGCUCCGAUCGUUGGUCGCACAGCCACACAGUGCUUGGAACGGUAUCAGAAACUCUUGGAUGAUGCCGAGGCGCGCGAAACCGAUGAGUUCGCUCUUGAGGGACCGGAGGGUGGUGAGACUGCCCCUCCGAACGCCGAUGAUGUCCGCCGACUCAGGCCUGGUGAGUUGGAUCCCGAUCCGGAAUCGAAGCCCGCGAAACCGGACACGAUCGACAUGGAUGAAGAUGAAAAGGAGAUGCUCAGUGAGGCCAGAGCACGGUUGGCAAAUACCCAGGGAAAGAAGGCGAAGCGGAAGGCAAGAGAGCGGCAGCUGGAGGAGUCACGUCGCAUGGCAAACCUCCAGAAGCGGAGGGAACUGAAGAAUGCCGGGAUCAAUAUCAAGAUCGUCAAUCGGAAAAAGGGCCAAAUGGAUUAUAACGCCGACAUUCCCUUCGAAAAGGCUCCGGCCCCUGGCUUCUACGACACCGUGGAAGAAAUGGAUCGAAACGAGAAGCAGCGCGAAGCGUUCGAUCCUCGCAAGCAACAAUUGGCGAAUAAACGGAAAGGCGACCAGGAAGACGAUGGCGAUGAGCGGAAGAGGCGGAAGAAUGAAAAGUCUGGUGGUGGUGGUGGUGGUGGUGCUGCAGCAUUUGCCGCUCCCGCCCAAGCUGCGCGACUGCAGCGCCUUCGAGAGGCUGAACGAAGCAACAAGAGGCGAUCACUCAACCUUCCCGCACCGCAAGUCGGCGAAUCCGAGCUUGAGGAGAUUGUGAAGAUGGGCAUGGCAGGGGAACGAGCGUCACGAUCUGCAAGUGCAGCGGAAAACGAUGCAACCCGAGGCUUGGUUGGGAAUUACAAUGCAAUCGUCGGCGGCACUCCAAUCAGGACACCGCGAGCUCCACAAGAAGAAAAUCGAAUCGCCAACGAGAUCAAAAACGCGCGAGCCCUCACCGACACCCAAUCCGCGCUGCUGGGGGGAGAUAACACUCCUCUCCACGAAGGUCGGGGCACAACUGGUUUCGAGGGCGUCGCGCCUAGCAAGAAUCAUGUCGCGACGCCGAAUCCAUUAGCCACACCCAUGCGCAAUGGACUUAGCCAAACCCCAGGCGCAACCCCGUUGCGGACGCCGAGAGAUAAUUUCAGCCUCAACCGCGAAGAUGGCAUGGCAUUGGUGGCACAAACUCCAAGGGACGUGCGACUACGGGAAAUCGCACUUAAACAGGAUCUCAGGGGCAAAUUCUCCGCGCUUCCGAAGCCGAGGGAGACGGAAUGGGAGCUUGAAUUACCAGAAGAGCAAGCCGAUGUCAUCGCAGCCGAAACCACAGAGGAGGAUGCGGCGGUUCGCGAUGCCCGGAACGAAGCCCUUCGGAAGGCGGCCGAAUUGGCAGAUUUCAAGCGACAAACGCAGGUGAUCCAAAAGGGGUUGCCACGACCCUCCGUUGUUGAUGUUGAUGCAAUGCUCAAGAACGCGACUGAACUCGAGGAUUCCAUUGCUCAAGUUGUCGCCCACGAGGCGGCUCUUCUGAUUGCGAAUGAUGCCCUCAAAUUCGGUGGAGCCAAGGUCAAUGGUGCUGCACGACCUGUCGAAGUGAUGGACGAAGCAGCUCUGAACAAAGCAAAGCUCGAACUUGCUCUGGAGAUCUCGACGGAUGAGCUUAGAGAAAAGGGUGAAGUGUUCCAGGAUACAUUGGUCACUCUACAUACAAACGCAGCCCUCCUUGGGCUUGAUGGAUACAGCGAAGAUGAUCUUGAUGAGAGGCAGCUGUUGACGGAGGCCUUCGACACCGUUCAAGAUCAAAUCAUGGGUCUUGCCGAACAAGGCAGCAAGACCGAAAAGAAACUCGCAAUCCAUCUGGGUGGCUACCAACACCGACAGAAAAUGCUGCGACAGAAGAUCGUCGAAGCGUCGGAUGCUCUGGACAAGGCGACUUGGGAUCUCGACACGAAGCGUACGGCGCAAGUGGCGGAGCAAUCUGCGAUCUCACGACGGCUGGAGGGACUGCGGGAGGAGGUGACGUUUGUCAGCAGGAGGGAGCGGGAGGCACAGGAUUUGUACAGGAACACAAAGGAAGAGUUGGAGGCGCUGGAUAUCCAAGCCAACGGCUAUCAUUAGAAAGGCACCUGGACGAGCGUAACUACUGCUCGCCUCCGUAUUUAUGUAAUUAUCUGCCUACCUUACUUAAGGAGCUACUCAAUCCUCCCGCAAUCAAGGGAGUAGCUGGUGGUGCGGGGAGAAUGGAGGAUGAUAGGACAUCCCCCCAGCUGCCAAAACAGCGUAGCUACCUGAACAAAGGCUUAGGAGCAACCUCCGGCAAAUCUGCAGCGUCGAAUAUACCAUUGCAUUAGCUUCC